GCCACCAGUGGUUGUCUGCGUCAGGACGGGGGUACGGAACUGCUGAAGGGCUGACGAGCAGUAACGAAGAUGGAGGAAAAUGUGGACGUCAGACGGAGGCUGUAAAGUCGAGGCGGCGAAGCUGACAGCGGCGAUACUUCCAGUCUCCCUGUAAGUCGAGAAGUAUAUGAAGACGUACGGAGGAGGCGCAGGAAGGUAGCGCGUGCAGGCAGAGCUGGGGAGGUGGUAGCUGCUGGCCUUUCUGGAGAGGGAAAACAACAUGGCUGCGGUGGAGCUCGAGUGGAUCCCAGAAACACUGUACAAUACCGCUAUCUCGGCUGUGGUGGACAACUACAGUCGAUCGAGGAGGGACAUACGCUCGCUUCCAGAAAACAUACAGUUCGAUGUCUACUACAAGCUCUACCAGCAGGGCCGGCUCUGCCAGCUUGGAGGAGAGUUCUGUGAGCUGGAGGUGUUUGCUAAAGUACUGCGGGCUUCAGACAAAAGACACCUCCUGCACCACUGUUUUCAAGCCCUAAUGGACCAUGGAGUUAAGGUGGCCUCAGUUUUGGCGAACUCCUUUAGCCGUCGUUGCUCCUACAUUGCCGAGUCUGAUGCCCACGUCAAAGAGAAGGCCAUCCAGUUUGGCUUUGUGCUGGGUGGCUUCCUGUCUGACGCUGGCUGGUAUGGAGAUGCAGAGAAGGUGUUUCUGUCCUGCCUGCAGCUGUGCACACUCCACAGUGAGGUCCUCCACUGCUACAGGGCCAUAGAAUGCUGUGUCAGGCUGCUUCAUGUCCGCAACGGCAACUGUAAAUACCACCUCGGCGAGGAGACCUUCAAGCUGGCUCAGUCCUACAUGGAUAAAUUAGCCAAACAUGGCCACCAGGCCAACAAGGCAGCGCUGUAUGGUGAGCUCUGUGCCUUGCUCUUUGCUAAAAGCCACUAUGAUGAGGCUUACAGGUGGUGUAUAGAAGCUAUGAAAGAAAUAACUGCAGGACUUCCUGUCAAAGUAGUGGUUGAUGUUCUUCGGCAAGCAUCCAAGGCCUGUGUAGUAAAGCGAGAGUUCAGGAAAGCUGAGCAGCUGAUCAAACACGCAGUCUUUCUAUCAAGAGAACAUUUUGGACAUAAGCAUCCCAAAUACUCUGACACACUGCUAGAUUAUGGAUUUUACUUAUUAAAUGUAGACAACAUUUGCCAAUCAGUUGCUAUUUACCAGACAGCACUUGACAUCAGACAGUCUGUAUUUGGAGGGAAGAACAUCCAUGUUGCCACAGCCCACGAAGACCUCGCCUACUCCUCCUAUGUGCACCAGUACAGCUCUGGGAAAUUUGACAAUGCUCUAUUUCACGCAGAACGUGCCAUAGACAUCAUAACUCACAUUCUGCCUGAGGAUCAUCUUCUGCUAGCUUCUUCCAAGCGAGUCAAAGCUUUGAUCCUGGAAGAGAUUGCCAUUGACUGCCACAAUAAAGAGACAGAGGAGCGCCUUCUGCAGGAGGCUCAUGACCUGCACCUGUCCUCACUGCAGCUGGCUAAGAAGGCCUUUGGGGAGUUCAAUGUCCAGACAGCCAAACACUAUGGCAACCUAGGAAGACUCUACCAGUCCAUGAGAAAGUUUAAGGAGGCAGAGGAGAUGCACAUAAAAGCCAUUCAGAUCAAGGAACAGCUUCUGGGCCAUGAGGACUAUGAGGUGGCUCUGUCUGUAGGACACUUGGCCUCCCUGUACAACUAUGACAUGAACCAGUAUGAAGAUGCAGAGAGGCUCUACCUCCGCUCCAUUGCUAUCGGUAAAAAGCUUUUUGGAGAGGGGUACAGCGGACUGGAGUACGACUACCGAGGCCUCAUCAAGCUCUACAACUCUGUGGGAAACUACGAGAAGGUGUUUGAAUACCACAAUGUGCUGUCCAACUGGAACCGGCUGAGGGAUCGUCAGUUUGCUGUGGCAGACGCCUUGGAAGAUGUCAACACCACCCCCCAGCAGACCCAAGAGGUGGUCCAAGCGUUCCUACUGGCCCAAAGCCUGAGCCCCUCACGCCCCUGUCUGGGCUGAUGUUUGCCUGUUUGUUAUGCGCAUUUUGAUUAAGUGUGAGGCAGGACCAGGUGGGUUUAAACCCACCUCAUAAGGACACGUGUGGCUUCAGUUGGAUACAGUUUAACAGUAAAACACAACCCGUGCAUCAACUGCAGCAGCCAGACACACAGAGACACAAAGACAGUUUCAUUGAUUGAAAACAUGAAACAAGACUGGGCGGGAAACACACCCAACCUUCUGUAAGGCAGAUGAAAGCUGACCUCUCACUCACCUUCUUUAACUUUUCACUUCUUAACUUUUCACACUGGAAUAGAAGGAUGUUUCUGCUUCUGUAUUUGAACCAGUGUAACGUCAAAUACCACAUAACUCCCGCUCAGACCCAGUCCUCCAACGUGCACCACAGUAUCCGGAUCCCGUGUGAGCGUCAACUCCCACUCAACAUCAUCAUUUGGAUGAGAGACGGCUGACUAUGUUGUUGACCCUAGUCAACCUGUUGUGAACUGAUGCAGCAGAUUGUACGGUUGGGUUUUAGGAAACUAAAGUGGACUUUAUCAGACAAGUGUUGAGAAGAAUUUGGGUGGAGAGAUUACAAACAGUGGAAUGUGCUAAACCAGUAGUAAACUGUUACACAAAUACCAGGCCUCACAGGUCUUGUUUUCAGUUAAUGGUAUAUUUUCUUUUCUCCAGCUUAGUACUGACAUAGCAUAAUAAAAAUGCCAAUAAUUUAUGUGCAGUGGUGUAUGAUAAUGUAGCUAUCUGUUUCUGCUUUUAUUCCUGCGUGAGGUAUGACUUGUAAAGGAACGACUCGUAUUUGAAUGACAAGGGUCAUGGACAGGAGCGAGAAGAGGGAGGUGCCAUGUGUAGUUUGUUUGUGUGAGUGUGUGAGUGUCCACAGAGACCUGGAUGCCCGAGGGCUCCGCUGAUGACUACCAGCCUUACACCAGCUUACAGUUAACUGUAGAUGGACCCAUACUUUAAGUGCUAUACUAGUAAACCCUUAAGGGCACUACAAUGGGGACCAAGAUUGUGUUUGUGUGCCUCCUUCUGUCCAGCCCAGUUUUGCUUUUUUGAGGUUCUUCUCACAUUGUCUGACUUGUUUAACAACAUGUAGACCAUCGCUCUGAACCGAGAUGUGAAAAAAAUCUGUAUCCAACCAAUAAUUAUAUGUCUUAAUUUGGUAACGCAGUGAUGCUCACUUUGUAAAGAUGACCACACCUGCUGGUCUACAUCGGCUCCCUCACAUUUCAAAGUAAAACAUUUCCAGUGCAGUGUUUUCCCCAACCAGUUUGCUUGUGACUAUGGCCAAACGUAUUCCAGAUGGUAAGGUUAUGUAAUAUUGUAAAGUUUUGUAAAUUUUCUGUUUUAUAGAUUUUACACAAAUGUUCACAGUUUAUGGUUUAUGUAAGAUACAGAGCUACAGUAUGAAUUUUACAGCUUCAUGGUAACAUCGGGUCAGACAACAACUCACAACUGAUAUAAUCGCUUUGACGCGGGGGGGUGAUACUUCAAGUGUUGCCUUUUUGUGUGCUUCAUAUACAAAAACCCUUUAUCUGUGAACUGGAACUGUGAGCAUAUCAAAUUAGGACAUUGGUUGUUCAUAAACCUUACUCACGGAGGGUGAGGCCAUAGUGAGGCAUUAGUUUCUCGACUCUAGGCGAUGUGAUGCCUUUGGUGAAUACCCCAAAGUUUUGUAAUGAAUGAAGACAAUGAGCUUUGCCUUGCUGUUGCUUCCGUGCUGUCUGACGUCUCCCUUACUAGCAGUAAAGUGACUACAGUGGCUCCAGCUGAGGAGGUCCAGCCUUAUAGCACCCUUACAGGAUGCUCAGCUACACCCUUGGUGCUUGGCUUCAACUAUUGCACACCACUCGUCACCUAUCUACUUACUAACACAAAUCCUUGUCUUGGUGACAGAAGACUUGACUGGGAUAUGUGUGAAGUAAUGCUCCAACAAAGACACGUUAGGAUCGCUGGCAGAGACAUGUUCUCAGGGAGAACCUGAGCUGCAGACAGGCCUAACUGUUGGGGAUCAUGAUGAUUAUUCUGUCUUGAAGGAGGUUUGCUGAGAUAGAUGAGCUCAACAAAGCUGUGAUCUGUUUGCAACAGCCCUCUUUGUUUCUCAGGUGAGAUGACACCAAAUGUGAUGAGCGGAUGUUUCACUGUUGUCUGUUACUGCUUCACGGUUAGCUGCAAAACAUUAAAACAUAUAUCAUUGAUCACAA